AAAUCCUUCGGGAUCAAAACUUUUAUAAAAAUUUUUUUGCAAACAGGAAUUUUUGUGAUUUGAUGCUCUCGGAGAAAAUUUCGCAAGCAUUAACUUUCGCUAGUCACCAAAACUUGACGUAAAAAUUUCAGGGAUUGAGCCUCAAGAUUAUUCUUUUAAUAUCAAAGACCAUUUUUGGCUGGAUUUUUUUUUCAAAAAUUAACUUUUGCAAAGCAAAGCAAAUUAAUUUUGGUGUUUAUAAAUUUUCACGAAUGCUCUUAGAACAUGCAACAUAAACAUUCGCAUAUUUACCCAAAAUUGGUAAAAGAUACCACACAUUAGUUAUUGCUGACUGUUUUUAUUAACUUAUGUUACUUUUUUUUACAGAUGUCAAUGAUAAGACUUGCUCAACAUAUUAAAUCGGUUAAUUUACACUUGUAUGUUGUCCGACAAAAAAACUCUGCUAUAUCACCUUUGUAUCAAACAUGCUUGCAAUGUAGUGCACUGCAGUCUCAACAGAUAAGGUUUUAUCAACGCCCUCCUUCAAAAGCUGGUCUUAUUUCAAAAUUUAUGGACAAUAUUAAGGAUGGUUUAAAACGUGAUAAACAGAUGCAGGAAAAUCUUCGAAAGUUUCAAGAGCAAGCCAAACAGUUUGAGGAGUCAGACACAUUGCGUAGUGCAAAGUCUAAAUUCUCUGUGUUUAGUCAACUCAAGGAAACUGUUUCACCAUACACAAACAAAUUGGAAGAAACAAUUAAAGAGACUUCAAAAGUAGCUUCCUCUACUUUUGAACAGCUUGGUAAAAGUGCAAAAGAUGCAGCUUCAAAAGUCUCCAAACACGGUGAAGAGAUCGGGAAAACAGACACUUAUAAAACAGCUUCGCAGGCAUUUUCGAAAGUUCGAGAAGAUUUAUUUGAUGACAUUGCCAUGGAAUCUCGUCCCUACCAACGACCAGAAAAAUUAAAAAGAAGAACAACUCGUAUGCCAGAAACGAAGAACGAGAAAACAAUAGAAGCCAAUGAAGAUGCCCAAGAUGUGGUAUUACAUAAGGAUUCAAAAUGGCAGCAACAAUGGAAAGAUUUUCGAGACAAUAACCCAGUGGUGACUGGUUUGUUUUCAUUGAAGACUAAAUACGACGAAUCGGACAAUGUUGUAGUAAGGGCUACCAGAGUUGUGACAGACAAAUUAUCUGACGUUUUCAGUGAUGUCUUCUCUCAAUCCGAGCAAGCUGCUACAAUCGCAGAGAUUGCUAAAAUUGAUCCAAGUUUCAAUAAGGAUGAUUUUGUGAAGGAGUGUGAGUUUGAAAUCAUACCUACAGUGCUGGAGGCAUUUCUACAAAGUGAUUUGGAAUGCUUGCAAGAUUGGUGUCACGAAGGGGCUUUUAACGUCCUGUCGACGCAGAUUAAACAUAACGAAUCUCUUGGAUUGAUCAAUUCGUCUCGAAUUUUAGAUAUCAGAGAUGUGGAUCUGGCACUUGCCAAGAUCAUGGAUCAAGGUCCUGUGCUUAUUUUAACUUUUCAAGCACAACAGGUUACUAUGGUGAAAGACACUAAGGGAAAAAUUGUCGAAGGGGGAGUGGAUCAUAUCGAAAGUGUGAAUUACGUGUGGGCUAUGUGUCGCGACCAGUCGAUAUUCGAUCAUAAACAAGCCUGGCGAGUAUUGGAGUUUGGAAUACAACAAGCAACGCCGUAUAUUUAGGCGCAUGCGCACGACAGAAAAAAUAAAACAACGACCAACAAGACUGCGGAACGUUAGUAACGUUGAUAAUAAUAGAAGGACUCCCGAAAGAGGUUCGUGUGUCCUUCCUUUAUGCCGAUACAAAAGAAAUUCAUGUGUACAAACAAUUGACUGAGACGGAGGAAAUGAGAUUAUCUUAUAUGUAGCUUUAUUUUUAUCAUCUAUUUUUUCCUAAUUUUUUUGAAUUACCAUAAAAAUUCACACUUUUAAAGGUC